AUGGCUGCUGGCCGGCCCUCUGCGUCAAUCGCUGGCAAUGCUUCUCACAGUGAUGGAGAUAUCUAUUCAGAACCAACCAGUCCUCUCAUGCGGCGGAUCACUCGAAUAUCUACGGGACACACACCCGAAGCGCGGGUGCUGAUCGUCAUGACUGGUGGUACUAUAUGCAUGCAAAAAUCCCCCGAAGGCUUGGUCCCAGCUCGGAAUUUCCUUGAGCGGUGCAUGGCUCCCCGGCCUGAAUUCAAUGACGGAGAAAGUCACGAUCCCAUCGAAGUGAGGUUCCACGAUGGCCCGGAUGGACUGGGCGAAUUGCAAAGCCUCAGGACCCCUACCAGCGUUUACGGUAAACGCGUGAGAUAUGCAGUUCUAGAAUUUGAAACCUUACUCGAUUCAUCCUCUAUCGACAGCAAGGGCUGGGCAGAAAUUGCACAAACAAUUUAUCGGAACUACAGGCUGUUUGAUGGCUUCGUUGUCCUUCACGGUACAGAUAGUUUGGCCUAUACUUGCUCGGCUCUGAGUUUCAUGUUCCAGAAUCUCGGGAAACCAGUCAUCCUGACAGGUUCGCAGGUGCCAUUCGCCGAAAGAAAGAAUGACGCUCUUGAGAAUCUCCUCGAUUCUCUCGAUAUUGCCGGCCACUUUAUGAUCCCCGAGGUCUCUCUAUGCUUCAACUCGACCCUCUUUCGUGGAAACAGAACUACCAAAAUCUCGGCCAGCUCGUUCGAUGCCUUUGCGUCGCCAAAUCUUCCCCCUCUGGCUAGAAUGACCGCCGUGGACACUCAUGUCGCUUGGAAUAUGGUGACUAGACCAACCAUUCUCCAACCAUUCAGCGUUCUGCAAGAUCUUCAUAUUCACUAUGUCGCUUGCUUGCGCAUAUUCCCAGGAAUCAAGCCUAAAAUGGUGGAAGCAGUGCUGCGCACCGAGGGACUGCGAGGACUCGUCUUGGAAACGUUUGGGGCGGGAAACGCCCCUAGUGGACAUGACAACAAACUGACCCAGGUCAUCGCGGAUGCUGUGCAGCGGGGCAUUGUCAUCGUCAAUGUUACACAAUGUCUGACUGGAGGCGUCAACCCCUUGUAUGCCCCUGGCAUGGUUCUCGGGAGGGCAGGUGUAGUUGCUGGAGGAGACAUGACCACUGAAGCCGCUCUCACAAAAUUAUCCUAUCUUCUUGCACUCCCCGGAGCGACGCCUGAGAGUGUUGCCAGAGAUAUGGCGAUUUCCAUUCGCGGUGAACUCACCGAGAGCUCCGGCACCAUCUUCAGUCAUCCGACAGGAGAGCUCUCCUCUCCCAUCACGCAAUUGACCGCAGUCGCCUACGCCAUUGCCAGUGGAGAUAUCGAAAAGGUCAAGGAGUCGCUGCGUUCCGACAGUCAGCUCAUCAACCGACCUGAUUAUUCAGGCAACACGCCGAUCCACCUCGCUGCGACAGGCCCAAGCCUGCAGAUUUUGCGGUAUUUGCUAGGUCUUGGUGCUUCUGUCCAUCUACGCAACCACACAGGCUCUGGACGAACGCCGCUGUUUCUCGCAGCCAAUGCUGGAUUGUUGCCACAUGUCAUGUUGCUGCGUCAGGCUGGAGCGCAUUUACAUGCCGAAGAGCUUGACACGGCAAGGCUGCAUGCCGGGCAAAGGCCUGAUGUGUGGGCCGCUGCAGGCUUCGAAGAGCCCUAG